UUGAGAGAACUGGGAGGAGGGGAAGGCUCGGAAGUGCCAAGCGAGGAGGUCACGUGACUUCCUGGAAGUUGCCUUGGAAAUGCGGGCAAAGAGAAGAGAAUGACCUAACCUACCUUUCUGCCUUAAAGGGCAAAGGGGUUGGGGGUGGGACAGAAGGGGGGAACAGAAGGUACAAUGCCUGGAGCUUUGAGGCGGCAGCCGACAAAUAAGAACUGUAUGUCACAGUUCACACAUCAUCAUAUUGCUGUGUUCCUGCUCACCUUCUUCAGCUACUCUCUGCUCCAUGCCUCUCGGAAGACCUUCAGCAAUGUCAAAGUCAGCAUCUCCAGCCAGUGGACCCCUUCCUGCCUUAAUGAUUCUGCCCUCAAUCUUGAACCCUAUGAGCUUUGGAACAGCAGUCACUUAUUUCCAGAUGAAAAAGAAGCCACUCUUUUUCUUGGGACGCUGGACACCAUCUUCCUCUUCUCUUAUGCUGUGGGUCUUUUUGUCAGUGGUAUUGUUGGGGAUCGUCUGAAUAUGCGCUGGGUCCUGUCAUUUGGCAUGUGCUCCUCUGCAUUAGUGGUGUUUGUGUUUGGCACGGUCACGGAAUGGCUGCACUUUUACAACAAGUGGUUCUAUUGCAGCCUGUGGAUUGUGAAUGGCUUGCUACAGUCCACUGGUUGGCCUUGUGUCGUAGCUGUCAUGGGAAACUGGUUUGGAAAAGCUGGGAGAGGGUUUGUGUUUGGCCUCUGGAGUGCUUGUGCCUCGGUGGGCAAUAUCAUCGGAGCAUUCCUUGCCUCCUCAGUUUUACAAUAUGGCUACGAGUAUGCUUUUUUGGUGACAGCAUCCGUACAGUUUGCUGGAGGAAUUAUUGUUUUCUUUGGUCUUGUGAUUUCUCCCAAAGAAGUAGGCCUCCCUGAUGUCGAUAAAGAGGUUGAUGGCAAAGGUGAAGAAGGUGCCAGGGAGCCAUUGAUCGGUGGCAACGAUAACGAAAAUGAGGAUGACGAUGAUGAUCCCAAUUAUUCCAUUCAGGCCGCUGAUUUGAGUAGCAGCAGUCGCAACGUCAACAACGAACUCCAGCCUCAGGCCAUUGGAUUUUUUCAGGCAUGUUGCCUACCUGGCGUUAUGUUGUAUUCCCUAGCGUAUGCUUGCUUGAAGCUCGUGAACUACUCUUUCUUCUUCUGGCUGCCUUUCUACCUCAGCAGCAAAUUUAAGUGGAAGGAGGCAGAAGCUGAUCAGCUCUCCAUUUGGUAUGACGUCGGCGGGAUAAUAGGCGGCACCAUCCAAGGCUUAAUUUCUGACAUGCUGCAGAAGAGAGCACCAGUAUUAGCCUGCAGCCUGAUCUUGGCUGUUGCUUGUCUAUUUGGAUACAGCCGUUCGCCAGACAGCAAGCCUAUCAAUGCAUUUCUUAUGGCACUUACAGGGUGUUUCAUUGGUGGCCCUUCCAACAUGAUCAGCUCUGCCAUUUCUGCUGACUUGGGGCGCCAGGAAAUGGUGAAGGGAAGCAGCGAAGCUCUGGCCACCGUGACGGGGAUUGUGGAUGGCACUGGAAGUAUCGGAGCCGCUCUGGGCCAGUACCUGGUUUCUUUAAUCCAAGAGAAUUUGGGAUGGAUGUGGGAUUUCUAUUUCUUCAUCCUCAUGAUCAGUCUGACCGUGGUGUUCAUCACUCCUUUGCUUGUGAAGGAAGUCAGUAUGCUCUUGGAGGCGAGGCGCUUGCGUAGGCUGACCGGCUGACCAACCAACCAACCAACCUCUUCCUCCCCAUCCUCUCUGGACCAUUAGAAGGGACAUCUCAAGUAAGAUCAUUGAGAGGAGACGGAUUUUGGUGCUUCACCUUUACGUCCUUAUUUAUAUCCACUAAAGUUGGAGGCAGGGUUAAAGAAGGCCAAAAAAGGAUCUCUUGUCAAGAUCUCUUGUGUCUGAAUUCCAUCUGAAGAGAUGCUUCAUCCUUCUGCAACAUAAGACUUUCUGAAUGCGGAAGGAAGAGGGCCUUCCUUCCUUCCUUC